AUGGAUCCAAUGUAUCCUUCGAAACAAAAACACCUCUCUCUACCGUAUCAGCUUAUCAACAACCUUUGCUUGCACCGCAUCCUGCAAGAACAAGGGGGAACCCUGAAGGCACGAUAUUCUGUCCCUCAUACAUACCUCGUAUCAACCAACCCUAUUACACAACUUCCAUUCACCUACCUGUCAUAUCUGAGUAAGCCAAUCCCCUCCACCACUGACUCCUUCUACAACAUGAUCAACUUUUUUCGCCAAAUUCGGAAUAUUUUCAGAGAGUCACAUACCUCCUUACAGCAAAUCAUACUUUCCAGAAGAGCGUUCUUCCAGUUAUUGGGAUAUCUCGGAACUUGCACAUUGCUCACUGUUAUGGCCCAAAACCUAUAG